AUGCAGGGACUUGGCACGCUUUGCAACUCGACGCCCAACCACUCGCAUCGAUUGCCAACGGCAUCACCAACAGCCAUGAGCAAAGGAUCAUAUACAGGGCCAUUGGCCGAGCUGCACGCCAACUCGCCCGCAUUCAAGCCGCUCAUCCCGACCGCGCUCCUGCCAUACAUCGCGUUUGUCUCGCUCUUCUCGCUCUUCCUCUCGGCGUUCUACUUUACAACACUACCAAAGAGGGGUCUGAGCGUCAAGGAGGUCGUCGUCGGCAUCGCCGCAAGUCUGCAGGCAGGCUUGGGUGUCGUCGCCCUGUUCAACGCCGUUGGCGUUGCAAGUUCGUGCAUUGGAUCUGGUCCAGAUCGUCCUGCAUCAGUACGCAUCAUUCAGGUGCCUCGGAUGCUGGAUCUUGAUUCUACCCUGCGUCUGCUGUUGACGACUAUCGGCCACGUCACAACCGUGGCUUUCAUCUACGCGCAGCACACGCGCAACCUUCACAUUCCGCGGGUUGCAUUCAGCUGCACAGAGCGAAUCCAGCACACCGAUCUGCUGACAGCGCUCUGUUGCAGGGCCGUCGAUUCAGGGCUUCGCUGCACGCUGUCGGACGAGCCGAAGUGGGGCGAGGAUAAGCUUCCGAGAUGCCAGCGCUACGUUCCGCCAUCCAUCCGCGCUAAAGAGGAGGCGAAGAAGGGCGCUGCAGCACCAACAUCAACAACAGGCGGGACUGCCGAUGCGACGGUCGGAACAUCCGCGCCAUCAGUCACCACCGAUCCCGCUUCAUCUGCAAACGCCACAUUGUCGGAUGCCAACGCCACUACCAGCGCAGGGGUGUCUGCCACACAGGAUGCAACGAGCGUAACAGCCGCCAUUGCUGCACAAGAUACUGUAGCUGAGGCUGAAACAGGCGGGGAGGAAGGAGCUAUGGAUCGUAGUGAGAGGGGCAACUCUCCCACGCUACCGUUCCUCUCAACGGAGCGCCAAGAGGAUCAGACGGUAGAGCUGUCGAAAGCAGCCACGUCUUCGGCGGGAUGGAACAGUCUGCUCGUGUGGGCGCGUCGUCAACGCGGUGCACAGUGGGACGAAAGCACCGCACUCUGGCAGGUGGACAAACACAGCCGCGAGUACUACAGCUUCAGCGCCGACCCCGCCACCACCGAUCGCUCCAAACAACCCGGCAACGCAGAUGAUGAAGCGCCACCACAACCAGGCUUGGCGACAAACACCGAGACGCCAAACGAGCCAGAUGAAGACGUCGGCCCCUCACGCAUCUCAUCCCGCUCCAAACCGGACUCCUCCACCAUGGCUGCCGAAACUGCAAGCCCGCCUCCAGUCCCCAGCGGCCGAUCCAUUCGUCUCCUUCGUCGCUAG